UAGGGAAUUGUAGAGCAUGAUACUUAAAACAGAUGUUCUGUUGUAUUUUGAAGACAUUCAGGCAGUAUGUACUGAGCUUAAAGAGCUCAGGGGACGAGAAAUUGACACUCAAAAAGUCAAAAUAAGUGUUUUGAUGGUGCUCUCUCUCCCAAGAACUUUGCAAUACAAAAAUAAGAAUGAGUACUAAGAAUCCUAAGGAUAAACCUGAGAUUAUACAUGUGGAUAUCCCACCAGAGUUUAUCUUGUGCAAUGUGGAAUAUGAAGAUUGUGAUGAUAACAGCACAGAAAAAGCGAAAAAUAAGAAAAACGCAUCACAAAAGCCUCCAAAGAAGGCAAAGUCCAAGAAGGUAUCAGCACCAAAAUCAUUUCCUUGCUCAACUUGUGGGAUGAUUUUUACUCAGCAGAAACACCUGAAGCGUCAUGAAUUAAUACACACAGGGGAAAGACCUUUUGCUUGUGAUAUAUGCAGCAAAACUUUCAAUAGGAAAGACACCUUGAUGAAUCACAAAAGGUCGCAUGAUGGACAAAAGAUUAAAGUGGAGUCAGGUGUACAGCAGAGACAAUUGCAUGAAUUUGAAUGUCCUUCAUGUGGAGAGAUAUUCAAGGAUAAGGAACAGCUUCGUUUCCACAGAACCAUACAUGCUAAAUCGCAUGAAAUCAACACUUGUACAAUAUGCAAGAAAGUCUGCGAAACGACUGAUGAAUUGAGAGAUCACUAUUUUACUCAUACUGCAGAUGUUCAGGAGGAGCAGGAGGAGACGAAGAGAGCAAAGGUAUUCGACUGUCAACACUGCUACAAGAGUUUUCUCAGUCCUGAAUUACUGCGAGAACAUCUGCAGAGUCAUGGUGUUAUGCCUCUUGCUGUUGAUGAGAUUUUGCAUAAAUGCAAUUUGUGUGGGAAGACAUUUAGUCAAGUGUCUUCCCUGCGGCAGCACGAAGGAACCCAUAGGAAGGAUUUUCCCUGCAGUUUUUGCGAAAAAUGCUUCAAUCGUAGAGAUAAACUUGCUAAACACAUGAAAAUGCAUAAAGAUGCUAAGCCUUUUGCUUGUACAAAGUGUGGGAAGAGUUAUGACGAUCAGUUCAAACUGGACCAUCAUAUGCGUGUUCACUUUGGGACGACUGAUCAUGUCUGUCUUAUUUGCAAUAAGCACUUCCAGGCAGCUAAGAAUCUGAAGCGUCACAUGAUCUUGCAUACAGGUGAGAAGCCAUAUCAGUGCGAUCACUGCGGAUCAACCUUUCCGCGUAGGGACAAAUUGACAGCGCAUCUGAAAGCCCAUGCUGGUCGUGGAGAGAUCGUUUUGGACAAAGAUACUCCAAAAAAGACCCAAAAGGCAGUACUUCCAGAUACAUUCCAUCAGAGCUCAAGCACCGAAACUAAGAAAUUGGAUUCCAAUGAACCACCCAGGGAAGUAGUUAAAGGGGUCUCCUCCAUAAUGCCCCCAGAUUCACCUUACAUGUCAGAGGAUGAUGAACCAGAAGAUAUUCAGAUGAUUGAGGAGUCUGAGGCGGAAGAACCAAAUGAAGAUUCCAUCUAUGACUGCGUCUAUUGCUACAAAAGCUUCCUGUUACUCGAUCUACUGCGGGAUCAUAUGGAAGAAGCCCACGAUAUAGAGAUGAGUGCCAAGGAUCUGUUGGAACAAUUUCGCUUCACCUGCUCACUAUGCAAAAAUGAAUUUAGCAAUCAGCAAACAUUCAGUCACCACAUGAAGACCCAUACUAAGCAGAAAACAUUCAAUUGCACAAUCUGUGCUAUGAGCUUUGAUCGAUACUUCCAGUUGGUCAGUCAUUCGAAAGUUCAUCAAUCUCAGAAAGCUUUUCCCUGUCAAUUGUGUGGUAGAAGUUUCGAUGAUGCUGUACGUUUGGAGAACCAUACAAAAGUCCAUACGAACCAGAAGGACUUCAAGUGUACAAUUUGCGAAGUUGGCUUUCAAUCAAUGAAAAAUCUCAGACGUCAUAUCCAGACAAUCCAUUCAACGGACAAGCCCUACACCUGUUCAGAAGAAGGAUGCAAUAUGUCAUUUGGUCGAAAAGACAAAUACGUUCUCCAUCAGCGAUACCAUGAACGGAUGAGAAAUAUAAAGUGUCGGAAAUGCGAUAAAAUACUUGGGAGCCAGGAUGAACUACAGGAGCAUAUGGUUGAGCAUAUAAACUUUACAAAGUGUGACCACUGUGAUGAGACUUUUGUGAAACGGAAGGAUAUGCUGCAGCAUAAGAGACUACGCCAUACACCGGAUUUGUUUGCUUGUUCAGGAUGUGGGAAAAAUUUCCAGAAACAGAGAUACCUCAAGAAACAUCUGAAGAAGUCGUGUCACAAAAAACUCGAGAAAAAGAAUGGUCCAGAGAAGAGUCACACUGUAACCAGAAGUAAUAGCGCAAUUGUUAAGGAAGAACCUGUAGAGGACGACGAUACAGAUGAUUCAUUAGAAUAGAUAAUGUAGAAAAAUUCUGUAACAUGACAUAAUCUUUUAUUCAUGUGAUCUUUCAGUUUAGUGAGUUUUGAAAAAAAGAACAAAAAAAGAUCGUACAAUUCUUUGUUUCAUUUUUGGUAAAUUUUAAUUAAUUUUUAAUUAUAUACUGUGAAUUUUUAUUGAACUGUAUUUAUACAAUAUUUAUUUUACACAGACAUUUUUUUUUGGGUUUUCUCAUGAAAAUGACAAAGAUGUUUGAAUUUAUAUAAUAUAUAAGAAAGCUCUAAAUGUUUAUGCAUAAAA